CCAAAAACAAAAAAAAGGUGAUGACUAACAUGACUAUAUGAGGAAUAAGAAUUCUAAGGUUCCAAGUUCAAGAAAGUUUCCAGUCCUGAAGACCAUCAGAGACCAAGAGAGACGACACUUCCUACCCCUCACUCCGUAGUGAAUUUAAAAGAAGCUGGACCUUGAACGCGAAGAGAGGAAGAAACUGCCCAAUAGUUGGUUAGUAGGCGUUAACACGAGGUGUAGCUGUAUUUCAUUGUAUGACUAUCCGCCGGGAAUCUGGUGUGCUAGACUUGUGGGAAUGUUGCAGCACCCAAACUUGUGCAGCUUUUGUAGUAUCGCAAUGCCUGCUUGUGAGCGCUAAAUCCAGCGGUAAAGAGUUCUAGUCCCGAUUUCAGUGACAAAAUUAGAGGACGGUUUUACCCUCCGGUGCUAGAAAAUGUAUUAUCUCGCCGCGCUGAUUACAAGAAAGGUGAAGAGCGCUCGUUUUAAUUUGCAGUAUAUGAGUGAGCCUCUGGGUAAGAGGGGCCGAGCUCCCCGACAGCCCGGGUUGGCCGCUUGUGUGGCAGAGCGCGAGAGUUAGAGCCAUCUGCGCCAAGCAUGUUCGUACCUCCACGAGCUUUUUUUUUCUUCCCUUUCCUUCUCGCCAGUGCUCGGAGUCGCCGGUUCGGUCCAGGGAAGGCGUUGCCGAUAAAAUGUCUGCUCCAAGUGGCAUCCCUGUUCCAUCUGCACCACCUUCUUAUGACGAAGCAACAGGAAUAAAUGUGAGCUAUCCUCAUCCUUACCCUGUCCCAGAACCUGGCCAGAAACCAGAUGGGAAGGGAAUGAACCCUCACCCGUACGUGGGACAGCCUGCACCUGUGAAUAACCCCAUUGCAGUUCAGACAGUGUAUGUGCAGCAACCAGUAGUAUUUCAUGACCGCCCAAUUCAGAUGUGCUGCCCUUCAUGUAACCAGAUGAUAGUGACGCGUCUCUCGUAUGAAUCAGGAGCUUUGACUUGGCUGUCGUGUGGCGGCCUCUUCCUGGUGGGGUGUAUUGGUGGCUGCUGCUUAAUUCCCUUCUGCAUUGAUGCCUUAAAGGAUGUGGAUCACACCUGUCCGAACUGCCAUGCUCUUAUUGGUUCUUACAAGCGUUUAUAGACAGUGUUUAAACAUUGAUAAUUGAUUGGUGAAGUUGGCUCUACAAGCCCUUUCUGAAGUUUUAUGGAGAUUUCUGGUUGUUUCUGUGCUUCCUGUCACAGGAAACUAAUCAGAAGCCAUGUUUAUUGUUAGAUUGUUUGAAUAAGAAUUUGCUUGAGGGGAAUCUGACUUAGGUCUGUAUGUAAUCUUUAUGGGCCACUCAGUCCAUCACCAGUUGAUAGCAACUGAAUGUUUUUCUUUUUCUGCUGUAUGCAAAACAGUGUGGUGAUAAUCCUCAUUUAAUCUUGUCUCAGUCAUGUUGCAUACUGGUGUGCCUACUUAGUCUCAGCAGAUACUGAGGUGAGAAUGUGUAAGGAGAAUAUGUAAGCAUGUAUUCUCAUGCUUGGUGUUGAUGCUUUUGCAACAGCACUGUUUUUCACAAGCACUUAAAUUCACUUUGAAAUUUACUUAGUUGUUAUGUUUGGUUCUUUCAACUUCUUCCUUCUUGAAGGCUGCUUUAACAAAUAGACAACUCAGGUUAUUUUGCAUCAAUGGUGAUUCAAUCUAGUACUUGAGUUUCCUUGCUAGUAGUUUCAAGUCUAGUUACAUCUCUGCUCUACUGUAAAGAUAUUCAUACAGGGAUUUUUAAUGGGUAUUUGUUAAUUUUUUUUGUUUGGUUGGGUUUUUUUACUGCUGAUGUGUAAGUUUGUAAAGUGUUCACUUCUCUCCACCUUGGUGGGAAAUGCCCAUAGAGCCUUGGUUAUAGAGUUGGAAAACUUGUUUGUACGUUCAUGUAAGUCAGGUGAUUGAUCAUAAACAAACCUCAACCUUGUCUUAAGGCUUGAAUUCCACCUGAAAAAUGCAGAGGCUCUGAGCUUUUAAUUGUUGAUCUGUUUAUCAAUUACCGUUUCUUCAAUGAGAAGAUAAUACAUUUAAGGAGUUUCUGUGAUGAUUAUUUAGAUUUGUACACUGACUUUUUUCUAAAUGAGAGAAGUUCUGUUUUCAGAAACUUCAGCUGACUGCUUGUUUAAGACAAUGAUCACAAAAAAAUUAGGGAAUGGGGCUCUGAAGGUUGAAGUGUUUUACUAUGUCAUAAAGAUCAGGCUUGGUCCAAAUAACUUCUUGAUGCAUUUGAAUAUUUGCCUAGAAAGGGCAGCUGUGUUUAAACAAGGCUAUGAUGCUAACACUGUAUUAAUCUCUGCCAAAAAAAUAAAUCUAAAAUA